AACAAACACGAACGAGAAAAUAGCGACGGAGGGAAAAGUAAUAAAGUGUGUGGUGUAAAUCUGGGCAUCAGGACGUGGAAAUGACUACGAUACGCCACGAUUCUUGGAUUGAGUGAAUUUCAUUUGAGAUAAUUUGUAGCCGUAUUCUAAAUCACGGAUUAAGGGUGUGUUAGUAAACAAGAUGAUAAAACAUUUUCCAGAACUUCUUAUCUUUUCCAAUAACGAGAAAACCGGUUGAAAAUGAUGAAGAAAUAGAAUAGCAUCUGUACGAUGUUCAAGAAGCGGCCAUAUAUUGAUUUAUUUUGAGAAUGUAUUUUUAAGCAGUGUUGACUGUUGGAAGGGAAAUUAUGAGCUGCCUUUGCAGAUGGAGAGUGCCGCUAAUUAUCACCUUUCUCAUUGAUAUCUGUGAAGUUCUUCCUGUUCCUGUGCUCCGGUUCGUGAGUAACCCUGGUAACCUGACCUCGUCCCUGGGGAAGCCCGUGGAGGCAAGAUGUUCCCUCCGCGGGGACGGAGGGCUCGUGGAGCCCCCAGACGUUGUGUGGCUCAGGAAUGGAGAGACGGUGGAAUACGCCGACACAAACCAAGUCCAGAUCCCUGUAGGGGACGGGAGCUGGCUUACGAUCAGUGAACUCAGAAUUGACAAUGUGGCGCUAUCAGACAUCGGAAGAUACCGUUGCAUGGCAACGGUGGGUCUGCAUGACGUCCUGUCUCAGGAAGGUCGUAUCCAGCUGGAGGGGAUUCCUCAUUUCUCUGUGGAGCCUGGUGAUAUUAGCAAGGAGGCUAACAGCCUCUUCAGCCUGCAGUGUUCUGCUCACGGGCCCCCAGAACCUGUAAGGAUCAUCUGGCUGCAGAACGGAGAACCUCUCAACACCCUGCAAGACCCCCUCUCCCUGUCUCCCUCCUCUCUGAACGUCACAGGCCUCAACCAGACCAGCAGGUUCUCCUGUGAGGCCCACAACAGUAGAGGGGUUGCAACCUCCGCAACAGGCUCAGUCACAGUGAUCCCCUCCCAGGCUCAGAGGCUGCGGGCGGCCGAGGCCACCCAGUCGUCCCUGCUGCUGUCCUGGGAGCCGGGCUUCGGGGGCGUGUACCCUGUGACUGUGUGCUCCAUCCAGGCCGCCCGGUCUGUCUCCACUGCCCAGGGAAGACAGCUGUUCCACAACCGGGACGUGAACUUGCCUCCCGCCCUGCACCUCCUCCCCCGGCUGCAGGCCUACAGCUCGUACGACGUGAGGGUGUCCUGCCGGAGCACCCAGGGGGCGGCCGCAUGGACCCCCUGGGUGACCCUGCUCACCUCAGAGGGAGUACCAGAGGAGGCACCAGCCACCGUGCAGGCUCUGUUUAACGGAACCCAAGUCCGCCUGAACUGGACGGAGCCGCCAGGCCGGCUGAACGGGCCGCUGGAGGAGUACAGAGUCGAGUACAAAACCAGCAACAUGUCCCAGGCCAUGGUUGAGCCUGUCCAGCGGUCACAGCUGGUCCUGCCCGUCUCGGGGCUCCUGGAGACGGUGACCCUGCGAGUGUGUGCCUGCACCCGGGCCGGGUGUGGUCCCCUGGAGCCCCGCCCACACCCUCCAGCACAGCCAGCCUGGUGUGUCUCCUCACCAGGUGUUCUCCUGGCACUGGUGGUAUGUGGUCAUGCUUGUGGCUGUCACGCUGUCUCUGAUUGGCUUCCUUGCUGCGUACGUCGUGAUGUCACGACACAGACAGACAUGUUUGGGUACGUACCUCACAUCCAGAGUGGGUGGGUGUCUGGCUUCGGUUUAGAACAUCGCUUAGUACAUGGAUGCAGAUUUAGAAAUACUGACUGUGUGUGUGUGUGUGUAAUAGGAAGGAGUUUUACCCUCUGAGGAAUAACGGAGACUUUGUGGUCCGAUACAGCGCUCGACGCUCCUACAAUCGGCAGACGAACGAAGCCACAUUGAACAGUCUGGUCAUCAGUGAUGAGUUGAAGCACAAGCUGCAAGAUGUGAUGGUGGACAGACACAAACUGACCCUGGGGAAGACACUAGGAGAGGGUGAG